AGGGCGCGGCGGCCCCGCCCGCAGGCGGGGCGGGCGGAGGAAGUGGCCCGGGGAGGCCGGAAGCGGCGCUGACGAGGGGCUGGCGGAGCGGGGCGCUGGCCGCUUUGCCGCUUGUCUACUUUUUGGAAGACUCAAUCUGUUUGUCAAGCGGGCUGACCUUUCUCUGUGGCUGUACUGAUGCUGGAUAGCAAAAACUAAUUGCAGGCUGCCGUACCCUUUGGGAUGUGUAAUUGAGCAUGCUGCUUCAACACAAAAGAUGAACCUUAAGGCCUUUUCAGGCACAGAGCACUCAGCCCAACUGCUGCAGUAGAGAGAGAUCUGUGCCACCAUGGCUAGAAGAGAGAUUUAACCCUUGCAGAAGGAAGAAGUGAGUGUUAGCCUAGGAAGUGGCAGUUGUCUCGCAUUGAGUCCUCCCAGGUAACUUCAAAUAGGUGUUGCCAAUGGAUGAACUGGUGCAUGACUUGGCCUCAGCUUUAGAGCAGACUUCAGAGCAAAACAAACUGGACGAGCUAUGGGAAGAGAUGGCCCUAAGCCCACGGCAGCAGCGGCGUCAGCUUCGCAAGAGACGGGGUCGUAAACGACGCUCAGACUUCACACACCAGGCAGAACAUGCGUGCUGCUACAGCGAGGCCUCAGAGUCGAGCUUGGACGAAGCUGUCAAGGAUUGCCGUGAGGUGCUGACAGCUAAUUUCAGUGACUCUGAUGACAUGGCAGUGGUAAAGCGACAUCCAGCUCUUAGUGCCACCCUGAGGAGCAAGCAACACUUGUGGCAUGAGUCAGACUCCUUUACAGAGAAUGCACCCUGUCGACCUCUCAGGCGCCGACGGAAGGUCAAACGUGUGACAUCAGAGGUGGCUGCCAGUCUCCAGCAAAAGCUCAGGGUGUCAGAGUGGAACUGUGAGAGGGGCUGCAGGUUCAAGUCAGCCAAGAAACAGCGUCUUUCACGCUGGAAAGAGAAUGCCCCUUGGACAUCAUCCAGUCAUGGCCUUUGCGAGUCAGGAGAGAACAGGCCCUUCCUCAGCAACGGGGGAAGGAAGGAGCAGAUGGAGUGCGAAGCUGAUGAUCAGAAACAGGGCUCAGAUGAAAACAUGUCGGAAUGUGAAACCAGCAGUGUUUGCAGCAGCAGUGAUACUGGCCUGUUCACCAAUGAUGAAGGCCGCCAAGGAGAUGAUGAGCAAAGUGAUUGGUUUUAUGAAGGAGAAUGUGUUCCAGGAUUCACUGUUCCCAACCUUCUUCCCAAGUGGGGAGCUGAUCACCGAUCUGAAGUGGAGAGGAUUGACUCAGGCCUGGACAAGCUCUCUGUUUCCACCUUCCUUUUGCCCUCACGGCCAGCUCAGAGAGGAUUUCAUGCUCGCCUGAAUCGCCUUCCGGGAGCUGCUGCCCGUUGCCUCCGUAAAGGUCGGAGGAGGCUGGUUGGCAAGGAGACCUCCAUGAGCACUCUGAGCACCGAGAGGCUAGGUCAUAUUGUUAGUGACCCACGCCAGAAAGAUUUUUGGUUACCGUCCGUGGGGAAGAGAGAUCGCAACCAGUUCAAUCCAUUAUCUCCUCUGUACUCUCUGGAUGUGCUUGCUGAUGCCUCCCACCGAAGAUGCUCACCAGCACACUGCACUGCCAGGCAACCAAAUGUCCACCUGGGACCACCAUGUUCAAGGGACAUCAAGAGGAAACGAAAGCCAGCUGCAGCCUCCAUGUCUAGCCCAACAUCAGCAACUUUAUCUGUCCACUUGGAUGCAGCAGAAUCAGAGCUACCAGCAACACCAUCCUUGAGAUCCCAGAACUCUGAGUGGACUGGGAAAACACCAGCAGCUGAGAAAUCCACUAUUGCUGCCUCCAGUAACCUUUUUAAAAUGCCACCAGAGAAGAGCCCAGGAUACAGCUAAAAGGAAGCAUUGCAACUGUAAAAGCUUGCUCGAUUUUGGAAAUGUUUGAUUCUGGUGUUUGUCUGCACCAGACAUCAUGUCUGGCAGUAGUGGUAUCUUCAGUAUUGGUGCAUAAUGCGUGCCAUCAUCCAGGCUGGUCUGUGUGCCUCACACACCUAAGUCAUGUUUGUGAAUAUAUGUUUAAGAAAAGGUAAUCAGUGUUGGGACUGCAGUGGCUUUUAGAAAUUUUCCUGCUAUCACUGUAUUUAUUAUGAAUUCAUCUCUUUCCCUGAUUCCAGCUCAUAUGUAAUGGGUCAUGUACAGAUUCUUUUGAUCUUUAUUCACCCCCUGGACAUGUUGCUUGUUUGUGUAUUUGGCAUUUUCAGGGUGAAAGUCCCACUGCCAUUCAGGGAGGCCAGAGUCUCCCUCUGCUUGCUUCCAGGCCAAGAAGGAUUUCUUGGCUGGGGAGUGAGGAAGGAAUACUAACACACUGAAAUGUGGAACCUGAAUCCUGUAUUAGCAGAAUGUUUUCUGGCCAAGUGCUAAUGGACUCAAAUCAUGUUGCUACUGGCAAAGCAAUUAUGGUGCUUGUCUACAUAGAAAUUGCCAUUAGCUCACUGGCAGCACUGUCCAUUAGACCUUUUCCUUCUCCCUUGUUCUGAAUGUCUUCAAUCUUUAUUGUGUGUUGCAUGUUCAUUCUAAACCUCCUGCUGGAUAAGGAUUUGGGAGAACUACUUGGACAUAAAUGUGCAAGCUGGUGUCCUGGUGGAUAGAAACAAGGAUCCUUGAAUAUUGUUGCAGUAGGGUAGAAGAUUAUACAAAACAUCCAUAUCUCAGUGUAUAAAUUAAAAAAUGUGUUAGUGUUUCUAAAGGAUGCUUGUUGAAGUUAACAUACCACUGAACAAAAAAGCCAUUUAAAGUGUCACCUGAGUUCUGAAUGUUAUGGGUAUAGAUCAGACUCCUUCUGUAUCAUGCUUUCUCUUCCUUCAAAAGUAUUGUCUGCUAUACCUACAGCAGGUGUCACCUGCUGAUGAUUGCACAUUACACUGCAGUAUACACUAAAGAGAUUCUUUUCAUAAAACUUCCACUUGGUCUGCUGUUACCUUCUGUAUUGCAGGAUACAUGGACAAGGAUUUCUUCCCUCUCUUUCAUAACUCUGGAGCUUAUCUUGGACUGUGUUUUCAGAAUAUGUACCUGUAUAGCAUUUGCCAAGGAACAGGUGGCCUCACAGAUUCUUAAGUCCUUUAAAAAUAGGAUCUAUUUGUAUGAAUAAAACUUCUUGCUUUCCUUGUUGGAGCUUUCAGACAGGACCGUUUAAACUUGUAAUAUCUAUUUUAAUUGUGGCAGUGCACUCUUAAACAGAUAGCAAAGUUUGCGUGAUUUUAGUGAUUUUGCAGUUUUCUGCUCUCUUAUGAAUCAAAUGACUGAGGGACAGAUUUGCUUGGCGGAAUAUGAAGAAGUGGUUUAUAUUAACUGUGUACUAAAAUGGGAAAUGGUCAUAAUAUACAUGAAACAGAGACUGAAUGACUUGCUAAAUCAUGAUUGACAAAUAGUUAUACUACAUGCACACUGUGUCUGAGCCCCUAAUACCUACUUAUUCUUGGGGAGACAUCCAAAUUGGAUUUAUAUUUCGCAGCACAAGCAAACUGUCAGAUCUGUCACUAUAAGUCCUUCUAAAAACUCUUUUUUUUUUCUUCUUUUUUCUUUUUAUUUGGGUGGUACAUUUUAGAAGUAAUUAGAACAGGGAAACCCUUUUUAACUUAAUGAAGGAAUACAGAAGUCCAUUUAAAUUACAGGACAAGCUGUAACAGUUUGUGAAGAAAGAAGUGUUCCUGUUUUAAAGCUGUCAUGGCUUUGUCUUAUUUGUAGCUAUUUUGAACAAUGGUGCCUAAGGGGUACCACAGGAAGGUUCAGGUCUGGAGGGCCUGUAAUCUAAAAUGUCUGAAGAGAAGGUAAAUCUGAAGAGUAGUACCCUGACUAUCUAAUACUCAUGAAUAGAGUCAAUGGGAAGAGUGGUCACGUUCUCCUGACAACUUGCAGAUAAAAUUUAGGAUUUGAAGCCUUGUAAUCUGAACUGCAUGCUGCUCCAAUGAUAGGGAGUAGUUCCCUAAAAGAGCAUUUGUGAAAUUGAGUGGUUUUGAUCUCAUGGAGUGUCCUCCACAACCUCUCUUAGUUGGAGUCUAUUCAACAGACUGUCUCAGGUUACUGAUCAUCCAGCUAAAAUUUUAUGGUUUAGCCAUUGUAUUCCCUUUUUAAAAUCAGUUGUGAUAUAUCUUGCUACAUUCUGAGUAUUGUCCAAAGUGAUUUUUUUCUCUUCUGUGAUGUCAUGAUGCUUUAAAAACUUUUUCAAGAAAGGUGUUAGGGAAUUGAGAGCUUUCUUCUCUUUGUGGUGGUGGAGGGGUGGAUUGCAGUGUCUCAUGUGAUUUUUCUCAGGGGGCAGGGAAAGAGAAUUUAUCAGAUUUUCCUAUUGAGGUCAGUAGCAGUGUUAUCUGGUUAAGCCCUUACUUAGGUUGUAAGCUCCUAGGAGGUAUUUCUUGCCUUUAAAGGCUGAUUGUACCCGUGGCAGUAGUGAAGAGCAGCUGUGGCAGGUCUUGUACUUACAAGCCGUACUUCCUGCCAGGGCAACUUUCUGGAAGUUACAGGAGACUCCAAUUAUUGCAGCUACCCUGUCUUUCCUAUUUCUAGGCUAGAAUCCAUUUACAAGUCAGUCAGAUUCUCAACCAAAUUUGAUUCUCUUGAGUGGUAGGCAAGCUAAAUGGAUCAUGUAUCUUGUUACUCCAGGGUAUUUAUCAAAAUAUAUCUUCAGACUUCAGACUUAAAAUCUUGAUACAGAUUUUAAUAUCUAUAGCAUUCUUAGAUUAAUAAAAUAAGUCUACUGUUUUGCCUCUUUUUUCAUCUAAGGCAGAUUUCUUAGAACGCACUCUGCUCACACAGUACCCAGUGUGAAGGAUACUGUUUCCCAUGUGGAUUACUUUAGUAGAAAGGAGUAUUAACAUGCCUUCUACGAAGGUGGUCCAGUAUGUGAUUAUUAUUUCAAAGAUACACAGCUCAGUCAUGUUCCACUUUUUGUCCACCAGGACUCCUCAGUCUUUUUUUGUCACCAUGAGGUUUCCUAGUUUUCUGAGCGUUCAUAUUAAAGUAGAAGUUCUUACUUCUCACGGUCUCUUCAUGUAAGCAAGAGAUUGUUUUUUGUAAAUACUGCCAUUGUUUUUGCAUUCUUCUCCAGGAGAGGAGAGGGUUGUUUGACAGUCCUUUUGGCCAAUGUAGAUGAGGCGUGGGGAUUCCACCCUCCAAUCCAUGGUCACCUUUCUAAAAGUAUAUAAUAGAAUGAAAUAAACAAAGGGCAGACUCAAGGCGAGAUUGCACCAGAGCAGAUCCACGUGGGACAAUCCCCUCCCUUGACUAGAUCAGGAUGUAAUUUCAAAACAGAGCAAAUAAUAAAUGGCAAGUUGGUGAAAGAGCUGGAAGGCAUAUUGUGUGGGAAGUGGUGAAGGAAUUUGGUUUUGUCUAGUUUGGAGAAAAGGAGAUUGCUCUCUACAGUUUCCUGAGGGGAGGCAGUGGAGAGAGAGGCGCUGGUCUCUCCUCCCUGGUAUCUUCUUACAGGGCACGUGGGAAUGGUUCAGAGCUCUGCCGAAGGGGAGAUUCAUACUUGACAUUAGGAAACACUUCAAUACAGAGAGGGUGGUCAAACACUGGAGCAGGCUUCCUAGGGAGAUGGUUAGAUGCCUCCAGCCUGUUGGGGUUUCAGAGACAUUUGGACAAUGCCCUUACUUUAAUUUCUGUUCAGUCCUGAAAUGGUCAGUCAGUUGCACUAGUUAUUAAUUUUAGGUCUGUUCCAAUUGAACUGUUCUAUUUUAAUUAUUAUCUUCAUGAUGUUUCUCUCUUUUCAUUCCUCCAAUCUGUCCAUGUCCCUCUUGGUGGUACCCCCACCCUCCAGCAUAUCAGUGGCUCCCUUCUUCAACAUGCCGUUAUUUCUGAUCUUGUUGAGAGCAUGUUCUGUCUUUUUCUGCCGGGUCACUAAUGAUCUCUAUCAAUCCCAGCAUUGUCUUCUAAGGCAUGCUUUUCAUAAAUGGCCAUCAUGCAGGUUUCAAACCACUGAUUGCUUAACCUGGCCAGCUUCUCUCUGAUCUUUCUUACUGGAUGCCAUCCAGUCUAUACCUCCCCCAUCUGGCUAUAGGGGUGCUAUGAAAGACUGCAUCAAGAGGCUUACUGAAGUUAGUGGAGACAACAUUCACUGCCCUCUGUGCAUCCUCAGAGCUUAUUGUUCCAUCACAGAAAACAGGUUCAUAGGCUUGAUUUUCCAUCAUUUAAUCUGUCUAUUCCUAGUCACCUCUCCUUUGGGUGCCUAGAAAUGGCUUCCAAAACUUGCUUCAUAAAGCUACAGGGAACUGAGAUAGGGCUGACUAGCCUAUCACUGCACCAGUACUCCUUGUCUUUUCAGAAAGGUGAUGUAUAUAUACAUACCCCUUCUUGUCUCUGGGGACCUCAUGCAAUUGCAACAGUUUUUCAUAGACGGCACUGACCAAUCUCAAAAUGACAUACUUCUGUGUAUAGGGAGAAGAUGGACAUCCAGUGAAAGAGAAGUCAAGAGCUGAGAGAAGCAUUAGUUGUUCUUUGCACAUUUCCAGUAGUUCCAGUGAGGUCUAGUCAGGCUUAAUGUGUAAUUUGGUAGGUAUUGCAGAAGCCUGAAUUAAAAGAAUGUAGUUUCUGUCCUGAUGGAUUUAUGAUUUUAAGGUACAGUAAUGAGUGAAGAAAGCAGCAAAACAGGAGCUGGAGAGAAACUUGUUAAGAGGCUGGGACCACUGCUACUGAAUGAUAGAUUAGCUUUGUGAUUGUGGUAUGCAGAGGUGUGUCUUGUCACCAUCAUUCUUGAAUAAUGACAUUGAGUAGGUUAGUGCUGUCCUUCAAACUGUAGAUGCUCUUGCUGUUAUUUUGUGGAUGUUGCAGAGACCUGCUUAGUGGGCAGAGGAUGAGAAGGGAAUUUGUAGGAAGGGCAACAAGAAGCAUGAUGGAGUGCCUCUUAGAGUAACCCCUUCUGUACUGAAGAAGGAAGAUGCUACAAAAAACAGUAUGUGUGCCUAGAUAUUGAGAAGAAAUUAUGUCAAGUGGAUAAGAACUUUGCUUUGUUGUCUUGAGGAACAGUUUAUAACCAAAGAACUUCUCAGUAAAGCAAAAGUGAAGGAUUCUACAUUUGUUCAGAAAAUAUAUUUUAAUAGUCUGUUAAGAGACUAUUAAAGGAAGGUGAACUUCAGUUUUCAUUGUGAUACUUCAUUUCUGUGUCUUUGUUUCCUGUAUUCUGUUCCAGUUUGUGUUUUGUGAUUGCAACAUCCUUUUGUACCAUCAAAUGCAGGAAAAAUACUUUGCAGUAAUGCUUCUUAAGGCAUAAAGCAUAAGGGGACACUUGCUAUAGAAGAGGUAAAACAAGAUUAUCUUAGGCCACUGACUUUACCCAGUACAAGGCAUGAACUCAGCACAGAAGACAUAAUGUCUUAAUUAUACCAAAGCAUCUCUUUUUUAGGAAAGUGAAUAGUGCCACAGGCAAGUACAGGGCGACUAAACUGGCACCAGUGCCUGGAGUCCCACGUGUGGCUGGGCCUCAGUCCCAUGACAUAUAAUACAGAUCUACAUUGUGGAGAGAGAAGGAACUUUCAGCAUCCUUCUCAAGUUUAUGUGGCUGGAAUGCCUUCCCAACUGCAAACGUGGCUGUCACUGGGAGUCCAGCAAGUUGAAAAGAUGUGCUCUCUAGCAUACUAUGUAAAGAGAAUUUUUGUACCAGCUUCAGGAACUAGUAAAACUGGAAAAUGGAUUGGUGCAGGCUGUUAAAGAAAGAUGCAAAAUAUAUACUUAUAGGCAAUAAUCUGGAAAAGUAUUGCUGAGCCCUGUGUGUUAUGAGCUAGAGUAUUCAAUGUCCUAAAGCAGAAAUGCCAGUAUUAUGAGGAUGAUCAGGGUUUUGCAAAGCUACCCUUUUGUCCUUGUAACCUCUGAAGGAAAUGGGAUGAACAGCAUGAAAAAGGCUGUGCUGUGUCAGACCAAAGGUCAGUUUGUCUUGGUAGUCUCUCUCACAGUGACCUGGUUUGGAUACCUGGAGGGUACUGUAAAGAUGAAACAGUAAUAUAGUGAUACUUUUUUUUAGUGUUCUCUCAGCCCAGUGAUGUACAAAAGAUGUACAAACUUUCUUCAAGGCUGGAGAACACAUUUUUAAACUUUUGGUUAUAGUAUUUAUCCUGCAACUGGAUUUAACUAUGUAUUUUACAAGGACGCAUCCUGAUGAUAAACACAUCAAGUAAGGAUUAGCAUAUCUUUGUUUGUAAUCAGUUUUCUUAUUAAUUAGCCUCUUUAUAAGUAAACAGCAUCUCUUGGAAUAUUUUUUCCUAAUAUCAACAUCCUGACAUUGUUUCUUACAAUGCUUUUUUUUCCAGCAAGGGUGAAAAGUCUUGUUCUUUCUUUACAAUGAGGCUUUUUUAAUACAUGUAUUUGUAUGCCCUGUCAUCAAGUCCUGUGUAAUCCACUAACUCAUAUAAAUCAUUUUUCAUAAGCUUCAUACUGUAAAACUUGUCAUUUAAACUUUAAUUGUACUCCUGCAUGAAAAUCCCUGGUAUUCCACAUUCAUAUGCAUUCAGUUCUAAUGUCUACACUUAAAGUGUUCUUCAGAGUUGUAGGGUAACUGCAAGAGUCACUUAUGGUACUCCUUAUAGAGUGUUCUAGUAUUGCUAUUCAGGCUUCAUAUACUCAUAUAUCCAAAUAUGCUGCUAGUAUUUGCUGCCCAAGCACUGCUGUAACACUACUGUAGGAGGUGGUAUUCAGGCAGUUGAGUCUGAAUCUGAAGUUCCUACCACUGCUUUUUAAUGUACAAGGUCCUAGAAAGUUUUUUUUUUUAAUUCGAAAAUUUGUUGCAUUUCCUUUAGAAGUAUUACAGCGCAAUUUUGUACCAAUCAUAUUUAAAAUCUGCAAUAUUUAAGAGCUCAGUCUGUUUAGUUUGAUCAGAGGUGUCAUGCCUGUGUGAUAGAAAACCCUUUAUGGCAUUGGAAAUACUAAGCAAUAAACUAUCUUUUGUAGAUGGGCAUAAAGAUGAACUUGGAGAUAAAGCCUAGGUUGCCUAGAUUGGUGCAUGUGAGAUUUCAUUGCUGGAGGCAUUUCUGAGAGGGCCAUGAUCUGAGACUGGUCUGGCCUGACCAGUCUCAGAUCCCUUGGGCACUGCUGAAGUCCUUGAAUUUUCCCUCAGGUUUUGACACCACCAGACAGUGAGCCAAAGUUACUAUCAGUUGCAUUUUAGCUUCCUUCUGCUGUUCAAGAGGGUUCUCCCAGAGAUAGCUCACAAACAGGUCUAUUCAAAGUCUGUGAAGAGCUGCCUUGUGCAUGUCCCAAAUAUUUUAUGAGGUCAUAAGAUUUAGCUGUUUGAUAGGGGUUGGACUCUGGGUUCUUGGGACUCUAUUUUAAGGUUAACAUGUAAAUAAGAAGAUUCCUGCUUGUAUUCCUCUGUUUUAAAUAAGAUGUGUAUUCUCUGAAUGAGGCUCUUGCAGAGUCUUUGUUCUGAUUAUAGAAACUGGAAAUAAAUCAAUAUAUGAAAGAAGUGUUUUAUCUGAUAUAAAGCUAACUGAGUUGAGAGUGGGAGAAGAGAGGUUUUGCUGACAUCUGACUAGAUUUACAGUAUUGGGCUUUCCAUUAAUCUGCAUGCUUCCUUGACCGUUUCCGUAAGUAUAAAGUGUAAACUGUGAUCUGAAGGUCUGUAGGAAGUUACUGUGCUUUUCUUGCUUUGAAUUGCAAACUUGAGUGAAGGAUUUGAGGUAAUUUAUCAUGUCCAUUCUCUGGAGUUUUUUUGUAAUGAUUUUGUUUCCCAGUUUGUCAGGACAUUGUCUCUAGACAAGUGCGAUGCACUCUGUUUGGAAUUUGAAACAAUUCCCGAGUUUCUUAAAACAGUCUUUCAUUUCUAAGUCACUGCUUCACAUCUGCCCAGUCGCGAAUGGGAUGUCAUUUAAAUGAGCAGGUCAGUUUCAAUGGAUAGUUUAAUGGAUAUCAAUUCAUUUUGCCACCACUAACAUCCUUUCAAGAUAGAUGGGCAUAAUUCUUUUUUUCCAUGAUAACAGUGACUUCAAAGAUCAAAUGAGCACAGGACUUUGAAUUUUCUUUUGCCUAUGCUUGUGUCCCAGUAUUAAUAGCUAUGCAUGUUUGUGGUAGGAACAACACAGGAAUCCCUUUACCUUAACUGUUCUAAUGAAUGAACUGUAAAAAAUUAGAUCCUAAGUGGACUGAAUGUUUUUAAACAAAAAGAUCAAGAUCCUUUAGAAAUGGCUUCAAGUUUUUAACACCAUAGUGGGAGUAGAGGGUUGUCCAGUUUCAAAAGUGAUUAUUUUCCUCUCUCAUCUACAAUCUGCACCUGUGAGAAUUGGGAAAUGUUCCCAGUGAAAUAUGCUGAUUUUUGUUAGAUAUAAGGAGUUGGAACAAGGAGACAUAGAUUGUCUUGUGGGAAGGGCUCAGAUUUGGCAUACUAUUGGUAAUGUAAAAAAUUUUAGAUGUCUAAAAAUUAGAUGUUCAGCCUUACAUUUACUUGCAAUUUUGUAAUUUUUAAAUUUUGAAUAAUGAAGCAUUUCAUCUGAUAAUUGGAUUAAUUUCUAUUUAAAAAGGAAAAGCUGAAUGGUGCUUUUUUACAUAUCCUUAAUUUUACAUCCCAGGGCUGAGAAUUUUUUCAGUUCAGUUUGAAUAACUAGUGGUAAACUUGAUAACAGGACUGACUAUGAUGGGAUUUAUCAAUUUUGAUAUUUUUCAAACCAUGAAACCUUGCUUCAUGCUUUUCCAGCUCAUAAAAAUUAGCUGUAACUACAGGUGAAUACGAGUAGACUUGCAAUGUAUUAGUGUAGAACUUCUCACGUACAAAUAAAAGGGUAUUUCAAAUCCUGGGGUACAGAUUUUGUUCUCUACUGUCAUAGAGCAAUUUCCCAGUAAGAACAGAUAUAUAGUUUUUUAAUGAAAUAUAGUAUAGGGGGUCAAACUGGUAAACUACAUUAAUUUAAUUCAUUUUUAAUGGGAGAGUGACAGGGAGGUGUCUAAAUAUGAGAAUGUGAGCAGAUCUCAGGAGUUGCUGCACUAGAGAAGAUGCAACACACAGAGUUUUCAAAGGACACUUUAAAAUUUGUACCUAGAGGUUGGAGAAUUGCACCUAAAAAAUCUUCCUCUAAGAAAUCUUCCUCUGAGAAGUGUCAUAGCUCACAGACUGCCUGCAGGUGCACUGAUGGCAGAUCAGUGGCUUUGAUAAACGAAUGCCAGCACUGACAUUGAUGUUUCCCUAGUAAUUUUGACACCAGCUUCCUGAGAGGUUCACCAGUGUUGUCUUAGGGCUGUUCUUCACCCUGCUUCACAAAAUAAUUUGCAAGUGCUUGGACUCACCUGGCCCUCCUCCAUGGGGAAACACAUGUUCCCAUUUUGAGCCAGACACUCCUACUGCUGAAUGUUGUAUGGUGAGUGAAACAAGUCCUGUGUUUUCUUUCUUGGACGUCCAAUGAACAUCAAAGGGGAGCUUUCAUGAGUCUUUUAUCCCUUGCUGGUCCUUUCAGAUACUGUGGAGACAGGAAGGAGGGAAUAAGACCUGCAGGUUUGAUUCCUGGCUGGGGAGAGGGGGCCAUGAGGUGUGGCUGUUGUCCUGCACUCAAAACAAUGCUGGGGCUACCUAGGGAAGGUGACAUUUCACACUCCUCCCCACACUGCUAGGCUUCAUGACUCUACACCACGGGCUUCAUCUGCUUCUAUAUGUAUUUAGACAUUUAAACAAGAAUCUUCUUCAGCAUCCCCACCCACCCCUCAAGUAACAAACCAGAGAAUUUGUGUUCUGAUGACAAAGCUGCGAUUUGAGUGGCCCAUGUUGCUGUAAUCAGUGCCCUUCUGCAUGUACAGUGCAAUGCAAUCAGGCACUUGCAUGAUUUGUUCCUGGGUUUGAGGGUUGUGUGUCUCAUCCUGUCCAUCUGCCCCGUUUCACACGAGGUUCCUGCUUUAGUGUAGGACAAUUGAGACUCUCUGAAUGUACAGCUGCUGGCUUGGAUUUUUUUUCUCCCCCUUACUUAGGUUGACUUCCAGCUUUAUUUACUGCACAGUAUCCAGACUCCACUCUGAAGAGGAAAGAAGUAAUUUCCUUGUUAGUAUCUUCAGGGUACCUCCUGCUAUGACAGCUUAGAAUGUUAAUGAAGAUGUGUGUUGAGCAUUUGGAUUUGAGUUACUGUCACCUUUACUGCAUAAGUGAGGAGUCUGAGAUUGAAGCAAAACCCAGGAGUUAUCUCUGAAUUUGGGGGGUCUAAGAUGAGAUACACAGACACUGGCAAUUUGCAGGGACUGACUACCCUUUUGUAGGUCCAAAUCACGUUUCCUAAGCAAAUCACAAACUUCCUUAGCAUCUAUAAGUGCUCAGAGCUUCUGCACACCCAGCCACAAUUACUGAUCUGGUGAGGAGCACUGUCCUUGUUGCUGAAGUCUUUCUAUGGCUUGCCAGCUAAGAGAGAGAUGGCAGCAGGCAGGCAUCUCUCCAGGGCUCAUGGUCAGUUGCUGUCAUCAUGAGAACCCAGUCAGCCUCCUGCUUUGUCCUUUCUGUCAUUGGGUCUGACUCACUUGUGCUCAUCUCUUUCAGUUCUUGCCCUUCACCUUUAUGGAGGCAUGCCUUCUAUGCUCCGUAUGAAGUUAGAGUCUCAAAAAUAAACUGUGUACUCAUUUAAUUUAGCAUUAUUGUAAAGUGUAUGGACCAAGGGACAACUUAGGAUAGCAGAAAAGAGACUUCUUCCCUUUUGAGUAUUUUUAUCUGUAACCAGAUACAUGCAUAUCUAUGUGUAUAUAUAUUAUUUAUUUUUGAGCUAGGACUUCUUGGUAUGUAUUCACUUUGUAUUGGAAUUUCCGUAUAAAGGUGUUUUAAUUUCCCUAAAUAUGUUUUGUCUUUGGAAAUACUAUGAUUCCUGGACUUCAAAGGAAUUGAAAGAGCAGUCCCAAAUGUAUAGUGCCAUAGAGAAUCUGCUGUGAAAUAACUUGUCUACUACAUCUCAAGAAAAAGCAAUAGGUAGGUGAAAAGUUGCUAUGGAACAAUCACACUUUAUAUACUUUUACCUGAAUGUCAUAGUAUGACAUGAAUUUUGACUCAUGUCUUGCACUGAUAUUUCAAGUAUUGUCCUCUUGAUUCUUUUCUCUAAACUACAAAAUAAUGAUUGUCUAGUAAAGUAAACCCUACUGUUGUUUAACAAAUGAUAGGCUGCCUUCUAAUGCCCAAUUCAGCAAAGUUUUAAAAUAUCAGAAGUCUGAGUGUAUAUUUUGGGAAUAAUGCCCUUGGAACCAGAAUCAGUCAUCUGACUGAGCUGUAUUGGAAAAAGGGAGAAGGGUACAAAGAGAAAAUGGUACUAUUUUCUUUAUUCUCCUGAAUCUUGUUCUCCAUGGACUCUUGGUUUACAUUUUCUAGAGCAAUUAGCGCAUCUUUAAGAAAAACAAAAAGACAAACACAAACACCCUACCUCUACAAGCUUUUUUUGUGUUGGUUUGUUAGAUGUGGGUUGUCAGGCUCUGUUUGCAGCUGAAUACCCACUUUCUCAUGUAAACAGAUUGCAUUAACCUGAAAGAUGAAAAUCAGAAUAUCUCAAUUUCUAUUAAUACCAUUUUAGGACCGGACAGAUCUCUGCAAUUGUGAUUUUCUUAUCCUUGCAGUAAAGUAUUGCAGUCUGCUCCAUUCCUUGCUCACCCAUUACACCUCACACCUGUGCUAAGUGGGCAUUUUCUGAGCAAAGUGCAUUGUUUGCUCAACAGAAGCAUAAAAGAUGACACAUGGUAUGUUGCUGUACACCUUAUCUUCUCUCUGCUAAUCGCUGUGGGCAAAGUGAUGAUGGCGCACUACCAUAUGACUCAGAAACAACUUUGCUGAAAACCACAAAUUUAUUUCAGGUAAGUUACAUCCCAGGUGUAUGUGUACUUAAAUGUAACUGCAUUUGUUCCUGGGCAGAACCCAAGUGCUUGUCACAAAUAACUGGCAACUGGAAGCAUCUGAACUGGUCUAUUUAGAAUACGUCUACUCUGUCAUUCUGCAAGUAUCUCAAGUGUUUAGGAUAUGGAUGAGUACAACUUCUACUGCUUGUCGCUGAACUACUGCUGGUAAUUGAAAAUUGGAAUACAGUGUUCCCUGGAGAGUUUGUCAUGGAGCUCAAGAGGUUAAUAUGUAGUUAUGUGAUGAUACUAUAAUUUUAUAUGCAUCUGCAGAUACUGCUAAUAGACAUUAAAGUGGGCAUUUACAUCCUUAUUAUGGGUCAGUACUUGAUGUCAUAAUAAAAAAGUCACAUCAGAAAAG